GAGCCCCUCAAAACAAACAAAACAAUUGCCAUCGUGGGUCAUCAUGCAGCGCAUGGUGCUGGAGCCAGGUGUGCACCCCACGAUGGUUGCCCGUCCUGAGGAAGUGUUUGAGCGGCUUAAGGCGGAGGUGGGGGCGCACGGUUCACCGGUGCCCGACGCUUCCGCUGCACCGACACGCACAGCUGCACUUGCCAUGACCAGUGAACGCUUUAGAAGCGAUCUGCCGGACUCCACGGGGAAUCUGCCUUGGAAUGCGGCGGAGGCUCUCCUUCAGCUCAAACUGGCACUGGGCGACUCCCCAAUUCUUCGUCCAGUCAAUGCCGAAACUGUUAACAUCACAUCAUCGGCCUUGCCGAAAACGUUAGGUGUGUCAGGUCCUUCUUCAGCGUCUUCUGAAGGCCAAUCAGCAGGCUCUUCUCGUGCGCUCUUCGAAAAUUCCUUUCUUCCGCCUGUCGUGCGAUACAACACAUUUUCUCCUUCCUCAUCUGACUACACGCAGCGUGAGCUCAUCAGCGUUCACGAAGCGUGCAAACGACUCGAAAGGCAACUUGGAGAUGCCACUCAACGCACGACGACGGCGACACGUGCAGCGGACUUGCAGUGGGCACAUGUGCUCUACUGUCUGCAAGAACCCGAGCUGGUGUCGAAGCUGCAGCGACGUGCGGAGGCAGCCAUUUGGGAGAAGGAGUGUGUGUUCCGCCUCAACGAUUUUCUCAACGCGGAGCUGCGCUGUCGUGGUGUGCCGGUGGAAAUUGCACAGGAAGACUUUAAGCCCUUCCUUGAUCAGGUGCUGCGGAGCCGCACCCUGUUGGACGACUACGUGUGCGCACAGCGAGCCACCAGUACCUUAGCGCCAAUGCUGGAUGCUGCUGUGGCCCGUGCAGCGUGUUUGCGCGAUGUCGCUUCGCUGUCGUCGCCAGAGUGCACCGAUGCGCUGGAACGUUUGGGGCAACGCGUGACCGGGCUGUCUGCCCAGGUGAAGGAGGACACGGGUCUCCUACGAAAGAACAUGGACGCCAUGCAGCGCCGUCUUGAUGCUCUUCAGAAGUCUACAGCUGCUCUGCAGCAGUGA